GUCAAAGACUGUGUCGCCCUACACCAACUGGUUGUCCAAGGUGUCAGAGUGUGACGUGCUGGUAGCUGCUCUGGGUUCUGGGGGUGUGGUCACAGUAGAUACAGGGGGCUACAUCCGGCUGUGGGAGACCGGUUUGACCAGCCUGCAGCAGUCUCUGAUGGAGUGGAGGAACAUGAUCGGGACCGAAGAUGGCAGACCCAUACAGAUCACAGUUCAGAAAGACAGUGGCCUGGAUGUGUCGAGUCCAAAACAUGGCAAGAUUGAUCCGCACAAUGCUCCUCAUGUUGGGGGGAACCAGUGGGCUGGAGGCACAGGUGGCAGAGACACUGCAGGACUGGGGGGUAAAGGGGGUCCUUAUCGCCUUGAUGCCGGCCACAAGGUUUACCAGGUUUCCCAGGCUGAAAAGGAUGCUGUUCCAGAAGAAGUCCGCAGAGCUGCUCGUGAGAUGGCUGAAAAGGCUUUUAAACAAAGGUUGAAGGAGAUUAACAUGAGUGAAUAUGAUGCUGCUACAUAUGAGCGGUUUUCUAAGGCAGUGAGGAGACAAGUUCAGUCACUUCGCAUCAUCUUGGACAGCUUACAGGCUAAAGGGAAGGAGCGCCAGUGGCUAAAGAACCAAGUUAUGGGAGAACUUGAUGAUGCCAAAAUAAUCGAUGGACUAACUGGAGAAAAGGCCAUCCAUAAACGCAGAGGAGAGCUGGACCCUGAGUUGGGAAGUCCACAACAGAAACCAAAGCGUUUGCGGUUGUUGGCUGAUGUGUCAGGAAGCAUGUACCGCUUCAACGGRGUGGACGGCAGGCUGGAGCGCUCGAUGGAGGCUGUAUGUAUGGUCAUGGAGGCUCUGGAGAGCUAUGAGCACAAGUUUAAGUAUGACAUCGUGGGCCACUCAGGGGACGGCUGCAACAUUGAGCUGGUCACAGCAGACAAGGUGCCAAAGAAUAACAAGCAGCGACUCAAAGUCCUGAAGACCAUGCAUGCCCACUCUCAGUUCUGUAUGAGCGGGGACUACACUCUGGAGGCCACCGAGGCCAGUAUCAAGCAGCUGGUGCGAGAGGAAGCUGAUGAGCACUUUGUGAUUGUUCUUAGUGAUGCAAACCUGGAGCGAUAUGGAAUCCGUCCMGAGCACUUUGGCCAGGUUUUGACAUCCGAUCCACGAGUUAAUGCCUUUGCCAUCUUCAUCGGCUCCCUCGGCGAUCAGGCUGAGAGACUACAGCGAACCCUACCAGCAGGAAGGUCAUUUGUAGCCAUGGACACCAAACACAUCCCCCAAAUACUGCAGCAGAUCUUCACGUCCACAGUGCUCUCCAGUGCCUGAUACCUGCAGGUGUUGGACAUAUCCUAACAGAGUCUAAAAGUCUUCAUUCACUCUCUGUAGAUCAUAUAAAAGCACUGGGUCUGAAUAAACACAGAGAAGCCUUAGUGUAUCAGGAA